AUGGGACCCGCUUCCAGCUCCGGCUUCUAUGUGAGCCGCUCGGUGGCCCUGCUGCUGGCUGGUCUGGCAGCCACCCUCCUGCUGGCGCUGGCCGCGCUCGCAUCUCUGUACGGCUACUGCGCGCGCGUCCCGCCGUCGGAGCUGGGUGGCCCCUGGGUUCCGGACGCCGCGUCCUCCCCUCCCGACAGGCAAGAGGAGUCGACCGGGACCCCGAAACCUGGCCCGGCUCGUAAGCCGUCGGUGACUACUACCCAUGGCGACUGGCGACCCCCGGGACCCUGGGACCAUCUGCGCCUUCCGCGCUGGCUCGUGCCCCUGCACUACGAGCUGGAAAUAUGGCCCCGGCUGAGGCCCGACGAACUCUCCAAGUGGUUGGACUUCACCGGCCGCGUGAACAUCACGGUGCACUGCAGGGUGGCCACCGCGCGAUUGCUCCUGCACAGCGUUUUUCUAGACUGCGAGCGCGCGGAAGUGCGGGGGCCCUUGUCUGCGGGCACUGGGGACGCCACUGUGGGCCGCGUGCCGGUGGACGACGUGUGGUUCCCGCUGGAGACGCAAUACAUGGUGCUGGAACUCGGUGAGGCCUUGCAGUCUGGUAGCCGCUACGAGCUGCAGCUCAGCUUCUCAGGUGUGGUGUACCAGGACACGAGGGAGGGGCUCUUCCUCAACGUCUACACCGACCAGGGCGAGCGCAGGGCUCUGCUAGCAUCUCAGAUGGAACCGACAUUUGCCAGGAAUGUUUUCCCUUGUUUGGACGAGCCGGCCCUGAAGGCAACUUUCAAUAUUACAAUUAUUCAUCAUCCAAUGUAUGUGGCCCUUUCCAACAUGCCACAGCUAGGUCAGACUGAAAAAGAAGGCACAAAUGGAAGCAAAUGGAUCGUGACAACCUUUCACACCACGCCCCGCAUGCCAACUUACUUAGUAGCGCUUGCUAUCUGUGACUGUGACCACGUCAGCAGAACAGAAAGGGGCAAGGAGAUACGCAUCUGGGCCCGGAAAGAUGCCAUUGCAAGUGGACAUGCAGACUUUGCUUUGAACAUCACAGGUCCCAUCUUCUCUUUCCUGGAGGAUUUAUUUAAUAUCAGUUACCCUCUUCCAAAGACAGAUAUAAUUGCCUUGCCUAUUUUUGACAACCAUGCAAUGGAAAACUGGGGACUAUUGAUGUUUGAUGAAUCAGUAUUGUUGCUGCAACCAGAUGAUCAACUGACCGAAAAAAAGGCUUUGAUCUCCUACAUUGUCUCCCACGAGAUUGGACAUCAGUGGUUUGGAAACUUGGUUACCAUGAAUUGGUGGAAUAAUAUCUGGCUCAAAGAGGGUUUUGCAUCUUAUUUUGAAUUUGGAAUAAUUAACUACUUCAAUCCUAAACUCCCAAGAAAUGAGGUCUUUUUUUCUAACAUAUUACAUAGUAUCCUCAGAGAAGAUCACGCCCUGGUGCCUAGAGCUGUGUCCACGAAGGUGGAAAAUUUCACAGCAACAAGUGAAAUAAAUAAACUCUUUGACUUAUUUACUUACCACAAGGGAGCUUCUAUUGCCCGGAUGCUUUCUGCUUUCUUGAAUGAGCAUUUAUUUAUCAGCGCACUCAAGUCAUACUUGAAGACAUUUUCCUAUUCAAAUGCUGAGCAAGAUGAUCUAUGGAGGCAUUUUCAAAUGGCCAUAGAUGACCAAAGUAAAAUUCUUUUGCCAGCAACAGUAAAAACCAUAAUGGACAGCUGGACACACCGGAGUGGUUUUCCAGUCAUCACUUUAAACGUUUCUACAGGCGUCAUGAGGCAGGAGCCAUUUUAUCUUGGAAAGGUCAAAAAUCAGACUCUUCUCACCCACAAUGACACAUGGAUUGUCCCUAUUCUUUGGAUAAAGAAUGGAGCAGCACAGUCUUUAGUCUGGCUAGAUAAAAACAGCAAAGUAUUCCCUGAAAUGCAAGUCUCAGAUUCUGACCAUGACUGGGUGAUUUUGAAUUUAAAUAUGACUGGAUAUUAUAGAGUUAAUUACGAUAAAUUAGGUUGGAAGAAAUUAAAUCAACAGCUUGAAGAGGAUCAUAAGGCUAUUCCCGUUAUUCACAGACUGCAGCUGAUUGAUGAUGCGUUUUACUUGUCUAAAAACAAUUAUGUUGAGAUUGAAACAGCACUUGAUUUAACCAAGUACCUUGCUGAAGAAGAUGAAAUCAUAGUAUGGCAUGCUGUCUUGGUAAACUUGGUAACCAGGGAUCUUGUUUCUGAUGUGAACAACUAUAAUAUAUACCCAUUAUUAAAGAAGUAUCUACUGACAAGACUUAACUCCACGUGGAAUAUUUAUUCAACUAUAAUUAUUGAAAAUGUGGCGGCCUUGCAAGAUGACUAUUUAGCUCUAAUAUCCCUGGAAAAAUUUUUUGAAACUGCAUGUUGGUUGGGCCUUGAAGAUUGUCUUCAGCAGUCGAGAGAACUCUUCAGAAAAUGGGGGAACGAUCCGCAGUAUGAAAUACCUUAUCCGAUUCAAAGUGUGAUUUUAUGUUACGGCAUUGCCUUGGGGAGUGAUAAAGAAUGGGACUUUUUGUUAGAUGUGUACACUAACACAACUGAGGAAGAAGAAAGGAUUCAACUUGCUUAUGCAAUGAGCUGCAGCAAAGACCCCUGGAUUCUAAACAGAUAUUUGGAGUAUGCCAUCACCACAUCUCUGUUCGCUUUCAAUGAAACAAACGUAAUUGAAAUUGUGGCAACAUCUGAAGUUGGCCGGUACAUUGCAAAAGACUUUUUAGUCAACAACUGGCAAGCUGUGAGUGAAAGGUAUGGAACACAAUCGUUGGUUACUUUAGCAUACAUAAUAGGGAGAACCAUAAGUACAGAUUCACAGAUCAUGGAGCUACAGCAGUUCUUCAAUAACAUGCUGGGGGAGCACCAGAGGACCACAGUACACGCCAAAUUACGGACAAUAAAGAACCAAAAUCUGAAAACCAAAAAGCGAAGUGCCAGGAUAGCUGAGUGGCUGCGGAGAAACACGUAGCUCCUGGCUACCUUCAGCACUCCUGUCGAGUAUUGUAAUGUUGUUUAUAUGCAGUUUUGUUUUAUAAUAUACUGUGAGGCUGGAAAACCACAUGUUUUGUUAUUCGUAUUUCAGUCACAUUCGGUACUCCAAGUCCUGGUCUUCCCAACUGCCACGUGUGGGCCUGAGGCUUGGUGAUAGCUAAGGAUUUUGCCAACACUGCUGAAUUUCUGGGGAAGAUUUCGCUUCAUUUGGGCUAUAAACCCACAGAAUUUACUUUAAGUGCCUUGUAAAAACAAAUUUUACCUAAUUCUUGUUUAUUCUCUUGUGAAGGCCAGUGGAAUAUUAAAGCACUGGCCUUAUUGAAGAACUCAUUCUUCUCCGAGGGAAACAGAUUUGCCAUGUGCGAGGGUGUGUUUAGUUCAAUAUUAAAAAGAGUAAUGAAAAAUAACGUGACAGUAUAAAGAAACAGAAAUCUAGAAAAUAGGAAAGCCAAAGAAAGGUGGGUUUGGAAAAGAAAAAAAUAGAUUGUUUAAUAAGCCAUAAAGGCAAGAGCUGUGUCUUUUCCUGCCCACUUUCCUUCUCUACUGCACUGAACCACACUUGGCUGGCUACUGAGAUUUAUGGUAUUACAAAAAGACAAAUAAUGGUAGGAUCUAUGAAGUGUCCUUAGGAUCACUGUUAUAAAGGUCAAAAUAGAGCUUCAGCUGCUCUGAAGCUCCUGACUGCGUAUUCACCUGUGGGAUGGAUGCUCUUUCAGCGAAAGCUUAUGAGUGAAAACAACGAUGUCAAAAGACAGCAAACGUGGAUAAAGGGGAAUCUUCAAGUGAAAGGAAGGAGAACGGAAGGGCUAACCAGAGCAUAACCCUUCCAGUUUUACACUCAGGGAACUAAGUUUGCAACAUGCUUUCUUUUGGUCAAAUUGAACCCACUUGUAAUAGUGGACCAGCAUUUUCAUCUGUCACGAUGUAUGGGAUUAGCUUAAUUUUGUUACACUUCAUUAAAAGAGAACAACUAAGGAAAAAUCAUUCUUAAACUUUGUGUAUAUCUCAUUUAAGCCUUUUUUUAUUUUUUACAUUUUAUUUUUGUUUUCAUGGAAUGGAGGUAAAACUACCAACCUCUCAUCUACCUCAGGGUCAUAUUGUAAAGAUUACAGAAUAUGAUGUCAGUUAAAAGUCUUUAACGAUGUUAUAUAAACUAAAAACAAUAUGACCUAAGGAUUUUUUCCUAUUUCUUGUGUGCAUUAAGGCAGCCACAAAUUAAAAUACAAUACAAAGUUUGGUUUUGUACUUGCUUUGCAAGAGCUACUGCCUUAGGGUCAGUGGGAGGCUGAUCUUCACCACUGGACAGACAAAAGCCCAGUCUGAUCAAACUUGACUAUGAGUGUCCUAGGCCAGAGAACUUUUUUCUUUAGAUUUAGAAAUGUAAAUUGUAAGCAA